AUGAAUGAUUUCAUCGUAGCGGGCAAGUAUCGCAUCAUCCGCAAGAUCGGAUCGGGCUCCUUCGGUGAUAUCUAUCUCGGUAUCAACAUCACGAAUGGCGAGGAGGUGGCACUGAAGGUGGAGAGUAUACUGGCUCGCCAUCCGCAGCUCACAUAUGAGUACAAACUGUACAAAGUGCUCACCGGUGGUGUGGGCAUACCACACAUCCGUUACUUCGGCCAGGAACGCAGCUACCACGUACUGGUAAUGGAUUUGCUCGGUCCCUCGCUGGAAGAUUUGUUCAACUUCUGCAGUCGACAUUUCACAAUCAAGACCGUGCUGAUGCUGGUGGACCAGAUGAUCGGACGGCUUGAGUACCUGCACAUGAAAAACUUCAUCCACCGCGAUAUUAAGCCGGACAACUUCCUGAUGGGUAUCGGACGACAUUGCAACAAGCUGUUCCUGAUCGACUUCGGUCUGGCGAAGAAAUAUCGGGAUUUCCGUUCCCGCAUCCACAUCACGUACCGGGAGGACAAGAACCUGACCGGUACCGCACGUUACGCGUCAAUCAACGCGCAUCUUGGCAUCGAGCAGAGCCGCCGCGACGAUAUGGAGUCGCUUGGGUACGUGAUGAUGUACUUCAACCGGGGUUCGUUGCCGUGGCAGGGGCUCAAAGCGACCAACAAGAAGCAGAAGUAUGAGAAGAUCUCGGAGAAAAAGAUGUCCACCCCGAUCGAGGUGCUGUGCAAGGGCUUUCCGGCGGAGUUCGCUAUGUAUCUGAACUACUGUCGCAGUUUGCGCUUUGAGGAAGGUCCUGACUACAUGUAUCUGAGGCAGCUCUUCAGAAUUCUGUUCCGCACCCUUAACCAUCAGUACGACUACACAUUUGACUGGACAAUAAUGAAACAGCGGGCGAUGCAGCAAGGCAGCAACAACCCGCCUGCAGUUACAUCCGGCGAAAACAAACGAGAGGAGCGGCGUGAUAAAGAUAAACUGUCCAGCGAUACGGAUGAAUAG